AUGAAAAGUGAUUUUCAUCACUUGGAUAAAUUAAUUCAAAUUUAUCCUAUUAAUAAAUUUCAAUACUCCCUUCAAAGGUUUUGUGAAAAUGAACAAAUCUCAAAUGAACUUUACAAAUACAAAUCAACAAAGUUAAAACUCUCCAUUAAUCCAUUGAUUGGUGAUGACUUUAUUGGAAGAGAUAUUGGUGAUUGGGUUGGAUUAAGUUUAAAAAGUAAACGAACAAAAAAACACAUAACCACUAAUUCAUUAUACAAAGAAAUAUAUGUUGAAGGAGUUGUUAAUCAAUUCUAUUUUAAUUGUAUUGACUGGAUUGAAAAUUCAUUGAUUGUUGGGCUAAGCAAUUCUGUGUUUGCUGUUAAUGUUAUAACCAAUGAGAAUUGUCAAUUAAUUCCUACCUAUGAAUUAUAUUCAGUGAGUUGUGUAAAGAAAGAAGGAAAAAAAACAGUUAUUCUUGGUGAUUGUGAUGGGACUUUAUACCAAAUUGACUUAGAAGAAAAUGUAGUUUCCAAUAAAGCAAAAAUCCAUAAUGAUAGAAUAGGAAGAAUCAUUUGUAGAGAAAAUAUAAUUGUAACUGGAAGUAAAGACAAGAAACUUAAUUUAAUUGACAGAAGAAUAUCAUUUGAUAAACCUACAUCAUCAACAUUAUUUGAAGGAGAAAUCUGUGGAUUAGUAAUAAAAGAUAAUACUAUUUGUAUUGGAACAAGUAACCAUAUUGUAUAUGUAUAUGAUAUACGUUUCAAUAACACUCCAAUUAAUAUUGAUUAUUUCCACAAAUCAGCUGUUAAAGCUCUAUGUUUUGAAAUUAAUAGAAAUAAUGUAAUAUUGUCAGGGGGAGGGAUACGUGAUAGGACAAUUGAAAGAUGGAAUUAUCUUACAAAUGAAAGAAGUUAUGUUGAAACUAAUGCACAAGUAGUAUCUAUUGAUUAUAAGGAAAAACAAGAAUAUAUACUUGUUGCUCUUGGAUAUCCUUCAAAUGGAUUUAUACAACUAGAUUAUCAAAUGAAUGUGUUAAAUAGAUUUGAUGGACAUGAAGGUAGGUUGUUAAGUACUGCAGGAUUUUCAUCACAUGAAGAUCCAUUAUAUGCUUCUUUAGGAUCUGAUUGUAAAAUAAAUAUUUGGGAUUUUAUGUAA